CUAUAAAAUUCUCUUUAAACCCCACUCAUCGUAUCCAACAUUCAAAUACACACAAUUGUUAGCUAUGACCAACCUUUAUUUUAAGACGGCUUUUCUUCUCUCCCUCUUGUUGUCCUUCUCUUAUCAAAGUAAAAUAAUCGAUGCAAAGGAAGACAACGGAAGUCCUACUAAUCCGUCCCCUUCAAUGAUAGAUUUAGAAGAAGGAAAUACAAAAACAAUCGAUGUGAAUCAUGGAGGGAUAUGUGAUACAUACCUUGAGUGUGGAAAGAUGCUAUGUUCUGAUUAUCGUCGGGCGUGUUGCGUAAAUGGAAAGUGUAUUUGCCGCAAACCAGGCCAAAAUGUGCCAAACUGCCCAAACUAAAUUAUGUAAAAAUUUCUUAAUUCAUAUAUAAACAACCGUCAAUGCACCUUAGUUAUUA